AUGGGUGGACAUGUAGUCGAUGUUUAUCGCUUUAACCUUUCGCAAGUAUGUAGAGAGAUCACUAGCCUAAUUGGACGCUACCCGAUCGUGGCCAUUGACACCGAAUUCCCGGGCUACUUCGAAGACCUCAAUCAACUUGUUCAAUUGAGUAAUGCCUCUGUUUCGUCCGAUAUCCUUGCCUCUCCAACCAACUAUCAGAAGCUCAAGAUCAACGUAGACGCUCUCAACCUAAUACAACUCGGGAUUUCUCUAUCAGAUUUCGAAGGAAAUAGUCCAUACCCCCACUCAACUUGGCAGUUUAACCUGGCCUUCGAUGAAGCCACAUCUAUAGUUAAUAAUGAGUCGCUAGAACUUCUACGUGGACAAGGAAUUGAUUUUUCCAAGCUUCGGCGAGACGGCAUCCAUCCAUUAAUGCUAUCAUAUGAGCUCCAGGUAAGUGGCCUUCUUUACAAUAGAAAUUUGAUUUAUCUCUGCUUUCACGGCUUUUAUGAUUUCGGCUAUUUAGUGAAGGCCGUCACAAUGCACGAUCUUCCCGACUCUAACAGAGAAUUCAACACCCUUCUCAAGGUCCUGUUUCCGGGGAGAUUAUAUGAUCUCAAGCAGUGUUGCUCGUGGAUCGGUUCCUUGGAGAGCCUGGCCGACAUGCAGGGUGUCCAGUACCUCGGUGUUCAGCACCAAGCAGGAAGCGACGCCUGGGUAACAUCUUCGAUCUUCCGGUCGAUGAUUCGCACCACUGGGCUUCCGCCGCAUUGUAUGAACAGAUGCAUUUAUGGACUUACGCAGAUUGAUGAGGACUGA